CAUCCCUGGCCCCCUUUCCCCACUCUGGUUGCUUAAGGACUUUGAGAAAGAUAAUUUGGGGCUCAGUUUUAGAUAUAAAGUCUAGUUUCUUCCCUAGGGAGGACCAUAAUUAUAUAGGGGUGACAGAACUCACAGAUAGACAGGCAGAGGUGACCGCUGAGUCAGGCAGGAUGAGAAGGUGUAGGGGAUUGGAGAGUAAGUGCUGACUUGGUUCCAAGAUGGGAUGGCCCGGUGGGCUGGGCCAGAGUGGUCAAGAAGGUCCUCAGGGAAGUGGUGGUGCUUGAGCUGUAGGUUGGAGGUUGAGGGACAUUGAGGCAGGUGGGGAGCAGGAUGAUUGUGGGAGCACAAUAGUGGCUUAAAAAGCUGAGAUUUGCAGAGGGGUGCAAGUGAAACUGCAGGGCCACUACUGGGGCACUGAGUUGAGGGUCUGAUCCUGUCCUUUGGGUCGUGGGGAGUCUUGGAAGGUUCUGGAAUAGACAAGUGGUGCUAUUGGGAUACUCGUUAGGAAGCUUACUCUGAUGGCAGUGUUCAGGCCGUUGGACAGGGAAGUCAUGAAGACCUAGGAGACCAUCUAGGAAGCAGCUGCCUUCCUGUCCUCUACUGACCUGAAAAACAGAGCAUAGCAAUGACAGUGGCUUCAGUCUCACUCUCCAGAGCCUGCGGGGGCCUCAGCCUGAAGCAGGAGGCUCUUGGAGGUGGUUUGCAAGGAUGAGUUCAGUUGCAUUUUGUCUUGAGCACAUGGCCAGUCUCUUGGUGACCUGGGCUGCACGCUGUGCCCCACUGGGUUGAGCAGUCAGCACAUGGGGUCCUGGACUUUGGCAUCAGGGGUGGGGCUUCUGUGGGGAACCCAAGUCCACAGUGCCAAGUGCCCUGUGCCCCAUAGAUUCAGCCUCUUUUGGUUCAACCACCCUGGAGAUUCCAGCAUCUGAGUGGGCACCCGCGGACGCUUGGCCCCAGGCCUACCAUAUGUGAAGGCAGAUUGUGCAGGAGCCCACACACUGUGAAUGGAGAGCUACGCAUGUGCCACUUCCUCCCCUUCCUGUGUCCCCCACAAAAUUGCCUCCAUUGGCCUCCUCCAGUGCCAGAAAUUCUGUGACUUUGGCUCUUCAAUCAAAAUGGGAAAGGAUCUCAGAGAUGAUUUUGUUCAGCUUCUUCAUUUUAUAAUACUCCAUGGUUUUUUUUUUUUUUUUUUUUUUUUUGAGACAGAGUCUCGCUCUAUCACCAGGCUGGAGUGCAGUGGUGUGAUCUCAGCUCACUGCAACCUCCGCCUCCCGGGUUCAAGCGAUUCUCCUGCCUCAGCCUCCCGAGUAGCUGGGACUACAGGCUCAUGCCUCCACACCCAGCUAAUUUUUGUAUUUUUAGUAGAGAAGGGGUUUCACCAUGUUGGCCAGGAUGGUCUUGAUCCCUUGACCUUGUGAUCUGCCUGCCUCGGCCUCCCAAAAUGCUUACAGGCGUGAGCCACCAGGCCCAUCCAUGGUUUGUUUUAUAUAGACUUCUUCAUUAAACAGUCCACAGCAAUGGCAGCAGCUCAAACAAUAUUAAAAAUGUCGGACAAUGGAAAAGUCUUUUUUUCCCCAAAAAAGCAUGAGAACAUGGGGUUAAAGGAGAGGAGGAAGAAACAUGGGCCCUGACAUUGGGCUUGGGCUUGAAUACUUUCUCUGCUCUUCACAAUAUCAGGGCAGGUUGUAAAUCUAAUCUCCCUAGGUUCAGUUUCCUCAUCUGUGAAAUGGGGAUACUAAUGCCCAUCUAUAGGCUUUUGGGAGGAUUUGAAAUAACAUGUAAAUCUGUCACCGUGCCUGGAACAUAUAUAUAUUUUAAUCCAUUGGCAAAAAUUUUAAUAAGAUAAUGCCUUACAAUAUUUGGAGGGUAUUACUAAUGGAGGUAGUUCCACCUGUUUUUAAAUUGCUUCUCUGAGAUGUGAUUUUGCCUUCUGUCCCGAAAUUCCCCUGGUAGUUGACUCAGGGAAGCAUGAGCAGCUUUCCCCAUCCUCUGAUGGCUGUAGGAUUCAUUGCCAUGAGAGCAAGGGGCUAAGUUACAUGGCUGUGGGUUACACAACUGGGGACCUGGCUGAGCCAGGUUGUCAGCAAUAACCACACAACAGAGAAAAGCUGAGCCUCCAUAAACAUAUCCCAGAUUUCAUAAUCAGAAAGUCCAGACAGAGCUAUUUUUAUUUUAACAGGCACAUAACUUUUGAGUAAGUAUGGGCGUGAGGUGGCACCACACACUUUUCAGUGCUUGAGCCUCUAAAUAUCUGAAUCCAGUCUUGAAUAAAUCAGUUUACAUAAUUCUUAAAUGUUCUGUUUCCUUAGGUUCAAGGCUGUGUUCAAUUCUAGCUUAACCUGCAAGGUACAAAGAUUCUGCAAGGCUGACUGAGUCCAGGAAGCUGCCCUUGGCUACUCCAAGGCCUUGUUAGUGAUUACAAAUUUAGCACAGUUAAGCACUUGUUUUUUUUAUUGUUGUUGUUGUUUGUUUGUUUGUUUUUUGAGAUGGAGUCUCGCUCUGUCGCCCAGGCUGGAGUGCAGUGGCGUGAUCUUGACUCACUGCAACCUCUGCCUCCUGAGUUCAAGCAAUUCUCUGCCCCAGCCUCUUGAGUAGCUGAGAUUACAGGUGUGCGCCACCACAGCAGGCUAAUUUUUUUGUAUUUUUAGUAGAGACAGGGGUUCCACCAUCUUGGCCAGGUUGGUCUUGAACUCCUGACCUCGUGAGCCACCCGCCUUGGCCUCCCAAAGUGCUGGGAUUACAGGCACGAGCCACCGUGCCUGGCCUUAAACAUUAUUUUAACGUGUAUUUUUAUUAUGGAAUUAUAGACUACAAAAGAAUAUGGAGAACAAUAUAACAAACAUUCAUGCAGUCAUGACUGAGAAUUAGCAGUGUUAACAAAUGUUAACAUCCUGCCACAUUUACUUCAAAUCUUUUCUUUUGAAAAAAUAAAUUAGACAUAAAAAGUUACAGCACUCCGUUUAAGCACUUGAUUUUGCCCUAUCUUGUUUGCUAAUAUUUCCAUGUGUGUUAGUGUAAUUAUCUCAAUUUUAUGGUGAGCAGUUUGGAAACAAGAGUUUGCUCUUUGCUGUUACUUGGCCCAGCAACUACCAGUUCCUAAUGCAUAGUAGAUGCUCAAUAAAUGUUGUAUAAAUGAAUGAGUGAAUAAAAUGUUUUAUUUUUAAAAUUUUUAAAAAAAUUUAUUUUAUUUAAUUAUUAUUUUUGAGACAGAGUCUCACUCAGUCACUCAGGCUGGAGUGCAAUGGUGCAAUCUCAGCUCACUGCAGCCUUUGCCUCCCAGGUUCAAGCAAUUCUUCUGCCUCAGCCUCCCAAGUAGCUGAGACUACAGGUGUGCACCACCAUGCCUGGAUAAUUUUUUUUUUUUUUUUAAGUAGAGAUGGGGUUUCACUAUGUUGGUCAGGCUAGUCUCAAACUCCUGACCUUAAAUGAUCCUCCCACCGUGGCCUCCCAAAGUGCUGGGAUUACAGGCGUAAGCCACUGUGCCCAGCCAUGAAAUGUUUUUUCCUUUUGUCAUCUUCCUUUAUACCUCCACACACCUUCCUCAUUGGGUUUCUUUGACUAAUAAUAGAUCCUAUCCUUAGCUCAGGAAUGGAAUUUAAAUUACAUAAUACAUUGGUUUUGAAAAUUAUGCAAUUAGGUUUUUUUGAGAUAAAUGAGUAAACAUUGCUAAACCAAAAGAAAGAAUAAACUUUAAUUCCACCUACAAAUGUAACAAGCUUUCUGGUAUAAAAGCUUACAGAAAUGGAACUACUACAGGGUAUCUCCUUUUGUAGCUUGUUCCCCUGCCUCCCCAUUUAAUAAUGAGUGUCUAAGUCAUCAUAUUUUCUGCUUAGUAGUCCCUCGCUUCUAUAGUCCUGGGAGGGGACUGCCAUGUGAAGGGACAUGUGGUCUCACCACAGGUAGGAGGAUGACAGUGUGGCUGGCUAGCUGACCCUUCACGCAUUCCGUGGGAAGAAGUCUAGCUGGUUAGACUAUUUUUGAAGGACCCAUGAGUUUCAUAGCAGACUCCUGGGCUGGACAUUGAUUUGAUAUGUUUGUGAACUAGAUAGUUUGCAAAAUCUCGGGUGGAAAUAUUACUGUUUUCGUGGCCUCUAGGCUGUUUGGUAAAGGCUUUUAGGAGUAGAAGCAUUUAGAGUUAGCCCUUGGUUUAAAUCUUAGCUUGGCUACUUGUUACCUGGGCAAGCUACUAAACCUCUCUAAGCUGCAUAUUUCAUCAGCUGUAAAUGGAGAUAAUGAGGUUUUCUUUCUUCCUUCCUUUCUUUCUCUCUCUCUCUUUUCCUUCCUCCCUUCCUUCCUUCCUCUCUCUCUUUCUGCCUUUCUUUCUUUCUUUCAUCUUGCUCUGUCACCCAGGCUAGAGUGUAGUGGCAUGAUCUCUCCUCACUGCAACCUCUGCCUCCCAGGUUCAAGUGAUUCUCAUGCCUCAGCCUCCCAGAGUAGCUGUGAUUACAGGCACGCUCCACCAUGCCCAGCUAAUUUUUGUAUAUUUAGUAGACACGGGAUUUCACCAUGUUGGCUAGGCUGGUCUCGAACUCCUGACUUCAAGUGAUCCACCCGCCUCGGUUUCCCAAAGUUCUGGGAUUACAGGUGUGAGCCACCAUGCUUGGCCUGAUCAUGAGAUUUUCUGCAUGAGGCGUUUGUAGGAAUUGAGACCAUUUAUGUAAAGGGCUGGGUUCAUAAUAGGUGCUCAAAGUGUCUCUCUUCUAAAUAAACUAAACACAAAUUUUCUCCAAGAAAUACCUUGGUGAUCUCUUUGAAAGGAAACAAUCACUUCAAUAAAUAAAUAAAUGGAUAAAUGAAUAACUAUUGAAUCAGAACCAGACCGGAGCGCUUCUGUUUUUUGAAUGGACUAAGAACUGGACAGGCAUUUUGCUUUGGCUCCGGCCUCUGCCCUGCGAGUUGUACCUUUUCCUCUGAGCUCCCCACUGCUGUGGAGCCUGAAGAGUAUGAGAACGGGGUCUACUGUCACUCAGCAAAGCAUCGCUGGAGCACUUCAUGUGUGCAGCUCUCUGCUGGCAGGGCCCCAAGGGGCCUCCUCAGCCUAGGGUCUGGCUGGGAGACUAAGCUGACACAUGGGAGGUGAGCUAGACUUCUGAAGAGGGAGGUGCGUGGGCAUCAUAGAAGAAGGCUCAGAUCUGUGAUACUUGCAGUCAAGGACUUUGAAGGCAACUGAAACAGUCCUCUUGAAAGAUGGGAACAGAGGCCUUGAGAGGUACAGAGACUCAGGCACUCAGCCUAUUAGUGGAGAUAUGGAUGGAUCAGUUCCCAGCUCCAGUGACCAUCUGCUGCCCCAUUCCCUUAGCUUAGAGGCUAUUUAUUAUUAAGCGUUUUAUUGAAAAAAAAAUUUCUGCUUUUUUCUUCUUUUUUUUUUUAGAUGGAGUUUUACUCUUGUCACCCAGGCUGGAGUGCAAUGGCACGAUCUCGGCUCACUGCAACCUUCACCUCCCAGGUUCAAGUGAUUCUCCUGCCUCAGCCUCCUGAGUAGCUGGGAUUAUAGGCACCUACCACCAUGCCCGGCUAAUUUUUGUGUUUUUAGUAGAGACAGGGUUUCACCAUGCUGGCCAGGCUGGUCUUGAACUCCCGACCUCAGGCAGUCCGCCUGCCUCGGCUUUCCAAAGUGCUGGGAUUACAGGCGUGAGCCACUACGCUCAGCCUUCUGCUUUUUUCAUUUGUCUUCUUCUCCCUGCAUUCUUUUUUUAAUUGUUUCACUAUUUAUUUAUUUAUUCAUUUAUUUAUUUAUUCUUUCAUUCAUUCAUUCAUUCAUUCAAGACAGGGUCUCACUCUCUUGCUCAGGCUGGAGUGCAGUAGUGUGAUCUCAGCUCACUUCAACCUCCACCUCCCAGGAUCAAGGGAUUCUCCCGCCUUAGCCUCCCAAGUAGCUGGGACUACAGGCGAGUGCCACCACGCCCAGCUAAUUUUUGUAUUUUUUGUAGAGAUGGGGUUUCACCAUAUUGUCUAGUCUGGUCUCAAACUCCUGAGCUCAGAUGAUCCACUCACCUCGGCCUCCCAAAGUGCUAGGAUUAUAGGCAUAAGCCAUCAAGCCUGGCCUCACUAUUUAUUUAGAGAAAUAUUCCACAUCCAUGAUUCUGUCCAGUUAAAAGUUCUUUCUGAGGCGAUGCUGUUGGCUUUGGCCAAUCGGAAAAUGGAAUAAUCUGACUCACGCAUCCUGCGAAUGGCCCUCUGGAUAACGGGUUUUAAACUGGUCAUUAAACCUGCCCGUAACCUUGUCAAUCUCGCCCAUGCCCUUUAGCAUGGAUGCAUGGUCCUUGGCACUGAUGGUUGCUGGUGGAGCAUUUCCAUGGGAGGUACAGGUUUAUGAACUCACUGGCAUUGUUCUACAUAUUGAGACUACACUGGGCAUGAGCAGAGAAAGCUGUUUUGUUUUAUUUUGUUUUGUUUUGUUCUCUGACCGUUAAAGUUUUCUUCACAUGCUGAUGGUCUUAAUAACUUGUUUAUAUUUAAGGGCCAGCCAGUCACUAGAAGGUUUCUUGGAAGCUCUGUGGAUUGUUAUAGAUAGCGAUUCUCAACUGGGGCAAUUUUGCCCCCAGGAGACAUUGGCAAUGUCUGGAGACAUUUUUGAUUGCCGCAACAGGAGGGUCCAGGGUACAAUGCUGCUGGCAUCUAGUGGUAGAGAGCAGGGAUAUUGCUCAGCAUCCUAUAAUGCACAGGACAGUCCCACAACAAAGAAGUAGCCAGCCCCAGAUGCCAUAGUGCCAGGCUGAGAAAGCCUGCCCUGGGGCAAUUAAGCAGGCACCAACCCUUUCCUCCAUAUCUGUUUCUUUUGAGCAAAUCAGUUUCCCUCCUGAGAAAGCCAUCCCUCAACAAACCUGGAAGGCAGAGUGUGUGACCCAAGCAUUCAGAAGCCAAGUGCACUCAGUAAGCAGACUUUCAGGCAACCCACUGUUUUCAGUGCAGAGUCUCUGAUAAGAGAAAACAGCACAGAACUUCUGUGAGUCAGUUUCCCCAGAAAGCAAUCUCCUGACACCUGUGAGGUGGGCAGGUGGAGUGGCCAGGCUGCCUGGGCUUGGGAAGAGGGCCUGGUAUGGGAAUUCACAGGGUGUUGGGGAGAGGGUUGUCUAACUGCUUUUUGUGCAGACUUCAAACAAUGCUGCUCUUAGCUCCAUUGUGCACUCCCACCUUCCCUGGCCCUGGGGACCUUCCAUUCCUGAGCCUUCCUGAGUUGUUCACUGCGAGUAGAUCUGCUUUUUGCAGGAAGUAAGAUGUCCACUGUCUGGUGGAGGUCCAUGACCUUGUGCUUUUCAUCAUCCAGCAUGUUAUUGCUGGCCACUUCUAUGGCCUUCUCCCAACAUGCAUGCCUGUAUUUAUCCCUUUGCUGUCAUUUUAGUGAGGGUUGGGGAAGGAGUGGAGAUAAACAUGUGCUGAGUGCACGUCUUGAACCAAAAGUGGUAUCCUUGUGUGCUGGAAUACUGUAGAUUUUAUUAAAAGCUCUGAAGUGUGUCUGGUUUUUGAGGAGGACAAAAUGUGCUGGCGCUCUUUUGGUUUAACUGGAGGCAGGAAUUGAGGGAUGGCACGGUAUAGGAGGUAGAAGAGCUCUGCGACCUUUGUCUCGCGAAGUCUCAAUGUCCUUGUGUGUGAAAUGCGUGCUCUCAGCCCUGCUGGUACAGAUGGAAUGAGGGGAUGGGUGCAGAACCACAGAGAGCACUGCAGAGGGCUGUGGUUUAUGAUCGCCAUCCUCAUGGUUGGAGUCAGUACCAUCGCUUCCUUUAAUUGCAUGACCAAGGCAAUGUGUCACUUGGGCACAGCAACGGAAUGCAGCUCUCUGGUAGGCAGGCUUAACCCAGCAAAUGAGCAUGAGUACCGACUGCCUCGUUUUCUUGCCAGAGGCCUCCAGUUUGGUUGGCAGAGUGGUGACCAGCUGACCAAUUGGACGGGGCUCUUUAAUGUCACGGAUGAUCCAGCAGUGCAGAGCGGCAGUGACUCCAGCUCCAGGUACUUUGAAUUUUAUGAGGGGCCUUUUGAAUAUAACUCCACAAGAUGCCUGGAGCUGAGGCACGAAAUAUUGGAAGUGAAGGUGCUGUCCAUGGUGAAGCAGUCAGAGCUGUUCGACAGGUGGAAGAGCCUCCAGAUGUGCAAAUGGGCGAUGAACAUCUCUGAGGCCAACCAGUUCAAGUCUACUCUGUCCAGGUGCUGCAACGCCCCUGCCUUUCUCCUCACCACCCAGAAGAACACUCCCCUGGGGACAAAGCUCAAGUAUGAGGUGGACACCAGCGGCAUCUACCACAUCAACCAGGAGAUCUUCCGCAUGUUUCCCAAGGACAUGCCCUACUAUCGGUCCCAGUUUAAGAAGUGUGCUGUGGUAGGCAACGGAGGCAUCUUGAAGAAUAGCCGCUGCGGGAGCGAGAUCAACAGCGCCGACUUCGUCUUCCGGUGCAACCUGCCCCCCAUCUCAGAGAAGUACACCAUGGACGUGGGGGUGAAGACGGAUGUGGUCACUGUGAACCCCAGCAUCAUCACAGAGAGGUUCCACAAGCUGGAGAAGUGGCGGCGGCCGUUCUACCGCGUGCUGCAGGUGUACGAGAACGCGUCGGUGCUGCUGCCUGCCUUCUACAACACGCGCAACACCGACGUGUCCAUCCGCGUCAAGUACGUGCUGGACGACUUCGAGUCGCAGCAAGCUGUCUACUACUUCCACCCGCAGUACCUGGUCAACGUGUCGCGCUACUGGCUCAGCCUGGGGGUGCGCGCCAAGCGCAUCAGCACCGGCCUCAUUCUGGUCACUGCGGCGCUGGAGCUCUGUGAGGAGGUGCACCUCUUCGGCUUCUGGGCCUUCCCCAUGAACCCCUCGGGCCUCUACAUCACUCACCACUACUAUGACAACGUCAAGCCGCGUCCCGGCUUCCACGCCAUGCCCUCCGAGAUCUUCAACUUCUUGCACUUGCACAGCCGAGGCAUCCUCCGCGUGCACACGGGCACCUGCAGCUGCUGCUGAUGGCUGCCCGCCAGGCUGCCCGACAAGCGGUGUCUCCUCUCCUGCUGUCCCUCCCGGUGGAACUGGGAGCCCCGAACCGGGCAGCGUGGGGGCCUGGCGUUCAGGCUGUCUCCCCCUCCGUAGUUCACCUCUGUACUUGGAUCCUGGGGUGGGGAGGUAGGGUUAGGAACCGGGGCAGAGUCAGCUCUGUGCUGAGCCUCCUGGCCUGGCCCCCACCGGUGCGUCCGCCCCGUGCCUCCACCUGCCCUGGCUAGCAUGCUGCUGGGCCACACCCCAAGAUCAGGGGCCCAGGGGACGGCAAGUGAAUAAAGCACAUUUCCACCCAAUUUUGUCAUCUGAGAGAGAGCACAAACUGCAGGCCCUUGUUGCAGCUGAAGGAAGGCCCUACAGAGAAUGGAAUCGAGAGUGGAGACAGGACACCUCACAGGACACUUAAGCACAGUCAAGAUUUUAUUCACACUUUUGGUUCCUGAGUUUUAUAUCGAGGACUUAGCUGUGAAUUGCUAUCUAAAUCUCAGAGCUUAGAAGCCAACCCAGUGACUAGACCUUCCAGUGAAGAAAGUGAUCUCAAGAGGUCCAGGGACUUAACAGCCAAGCCACACCACCCGACAGGUUCUUCUGUGACACCGAGAGAUCUAACGCAAGGCCUGGGUUAUGUCUUAGUCAAGAUGUCAUCAUCUGAGAAGCACCACAUCCUUUCAGACACAUCCUCGGACACACACGCAGUCUUGGUGCCCCCAGGUUCAAUCCUGCGUUAGCUCUUUUGAUGAGAAGGAAAUAAACCAAACCAGCCACUUGCA